AUGAUCUUUAAUAUGUCUUUAAAAUUUUGCAAUUACCCAUAGUACUAUAACAGGGGUGGGCAACUUCUCCAGUCGGCGGGCCGGAUUUAGGAAAAUGAAGUUAUUGGUGGGCCGGAUUAUUACAUGAAUAAUAUUCAAUAUUCAAUGGUCGGAUACAGUUAGCGGGCCAGUCAAAAUCCCUUCAGGGGCCGGACCUUCCCGCGGGCCGUAUGUUGCCCACCCCUGUACUAUAAAGUGACAAAAAUGGGCCGUCACGUGACUGGAAACUGGAUUAGAACGCUAAUUGGCUGUUGCGAUUACUUCUUUAAUUAAUAAGGCGUUUCAAACGUCGUAUUUUGCAUGUGUCGAAUAAAAUAGUUUGAAUUAAGUGAAUGCGAAAUUCGGCGUAUGAAACAAUUAAAUUCGACUGCUUUAAUUGACGUCGACUUUAACUUUAAAUUCGAUCGGUUUGGUCACAUUAUGCGACGAAAGUGCGACGUCGUUUCAAACGGGGAAUUUUGCAUGUGUCGAUUACAAUUUGUCUCUCGCGUUUUACUCACAAUAAAGUCAGGAACGAGAUAAAGCGAAGACGUCGUGUAAUAAUUGCAUUCGACAAAUGCAAAAUUCGACGUUUGAAACAGGCCUAAGAAUUCGUUGAAAAAGUAAAGUGCAAGCCCACAAGCAUGUAAAUAGUCUACAUUAAUCUAACCUGAUUCAUAUUUCAUAGGUUUAAUUUUUCUUUAACAAAGGAAUAAGAAAUAAGAAAGAUCUCUUUAUUUCUUACUUUAGCUGACUAGAUCGUUCUUCAAAGUUUUCUGCAUGGAACUCAGAAUAGAUAUCUGACUCAGCUAAAAUUCUUUAGAUUCGAGUGAGGCAAGCUGCUAUCUUGAUAGGUGGCAAAACUGACGAUAUUUAUGAUUAAUAUCUGCUUUUCUUGAGUUGAUACACAGUUGGAAAGUUGAUAGUCUAGGUUUAGUUUUUAAAAUAUUUGAUAGGAUGGGGUUUUCAAACUUCUUUUAGCCUUUUUUAUCAUUUUGAGUUCUGGUUUUUGCCGCCUUUCAAGAUGGCGUCCUUGCCUCACCUUGACACGAUAGUUAGACAUCUAGACGAUUGGGUUCAUUGGCGUAGGAAGAUUGAUAAUGGGGGGGGGGGGCUCAAAUUAUUAUAUGCACAUUUUAAUGCGUUAAAACAAUGCAUUUCGAAGGAAUUUAAUACCGCAUACAUCAAUGUGGGCCUACCACCCCACUCCCCAAUUUUCGAUCUUCGUAAGCCCAUGGGAAAAAGCAUGCUCAAAAGGGCAUUAUUUGAAUAGUCGAAGUCUUCGUUUGCAUAGCUAAUCCUAAAGUGUUGAAUUAUCACAAAUUUGGCGAACUCACACAAUAUAUAAUUAAACGUUUAGUAGCCUUAUAUUGACACAUACACCUGCCGAAAGUCAUUUACAAGUCAAUUCACUUUCACAAUAUCAGUGAAUUCGAUCAUAUUCUGUCAAAUCUGGGUGGGUUAUGAGCACGACAUAACGUUGUAUUUGUAAAUUUUGCUAACAUUAUUUCAACGCUUGUUUGAAAAACACUUGUAGAACGUCUUUAUUAGCUAAGAAUGACAUCAAUUAGUGGUGUCAAGUUGGAUUCUGGCCAGAAACGAAGAGACGUAUUUGCUAAUGGAUCUACUUCAAAAGCACUGAGCAUGAAAAACCGAAGCGCUGCUACUAAAUGGCAACAACUUGUCGAUAAGAUCGAACUACAAAUGUUGGAAAAAUCAACAGAGCACGCGCUAAACUGUAGCAAAUUGCUUGAUAAACAAAAGGAGCUUUUGAGGAAAACCGCGUCGUUACCAUGUCCAAAUGACUUACGCCAUCGCGAAGAAGAAUCCGUACCCGCUUUUCUGAAAGUUUACAACAAUUUAAUGUCUUCGAUGUCGAAAACCGCGGGAACAAACUCUUCAAAUUCAGACAAAUGUUUAACGGGCAGCCGCAUAGCAAGACCGACACAAAGCUCACAAAGAAAGCGUGCGCUGAGAAAGAACGUCAGUUUUUCAUUGCUUCAAUUACAGAAAGGAAAAUCUGAACAUAAAAUUACAGAACCUAAAAAUAAAAUGAUUUCUGGAAGUAAAAUCCGAAAGGACGAUAAUGAAUCGAUAUCAGCGGGAGUUGUGGACGAGCAGGAAGAACAAAAAAGUGAGUUCGAGUACACAAAAGAGGACUUGUACAUAAAUCGUAAAUUAUACUGCUCUCCCCUUGUCUUACCAAAACUGCAUGAGCAGGUUUUUCGUCGACCAAGGUUUCGCUCUUUUGAUAAAGAGAAAUUUGAGUACAGGAAACAACUCAGUCUUGAUGAAACAUCUUGGGAAGAUUUACAUCGAUGCAGAUACUUGCGCGUCCGUCAGAAACCGUCUAACCAAGAUUAGCUUCAUCGGUAAUCUUCAAGUAUACAAUAAAACGAACGGAAUAGAGCAUCUGAAUAUGUUUAACAGAAAUUUAUGUUUAAGAUUAAUGAUCGAAAUCGUAUGCAAUUGAUUUAGGGGCUGUUUACAUGAGCUCGGUAACCCGGAUUCAGCGAGGCGUGAAAUGAUUUUGAGUCAUUAAAAGGAAAACUUUAAGCGCAAAAUAUACAAACUUUUCUUACAAGCGUCAUAUGUCAUUUUAGUCGAGUGAUUUUCAAAUAAGGCUAAUUUGUUUUUAUUUUAAAGGUUUUGUUAAUUUGCAAAGUCAGAGAAUAAAGGAAUUGCUGAAAUAAGUUUUUGUAGUGAAGUAUUUAAUCUUUUCCAUUUGCCAAAAUAAUUUAACGCUUCGCUGAAUCCCGGCUACCGGGCUCAUGUAAUCAGCCCCUUAAAUUUCCUUGGCAAAUUUAUUUUGAUACAAUCAAAAGACAUUCUUAAAAUCGUUCAUUGUCAAUGCAAAACAACGCUGGCUGUUCAACAGUUAGCCCAUAAACGAGUAAAUCGUCCUUCAUAUGUAUGAAAGAGCCUAAUUAAGAUGCAUGCAAUUGUAUGCACAGCUUUGAAUAUAUACCCGUCAACAUGUGUACCUGCUGUAAAAAUUUAUUGUCUCGAAAACAAUUUGUAUAGGUAAUAGUAUAGUUUCCAGUGAAAUUACGGAUAAACUUGCACGAGGGAGUUUUCUCGCAAUGCAGCGGAAUAGUGCACAGUCUUAAAAAAAACUCACGAGUGCCGUAAUUUCACGAGAAUUAUGUACUCUGACAUCUUUCUUUACUGGAACGUCUAAAUUUGUCUCACUUAGUUACUCUCUAUACCGCUUCAGGAAAGCGGGUUAGCCUCGAUACGCAUCCAAAAAACAGUACUUGCUGUUGUGUUUUUAUUUUUAGCAUUUUUUUGUAAUUAUAGAAUUUCAAACGAUUGCAAUAGCGGAAA